AAAAAAAGAACGGCCCACCUUGUCCGCCGCGGCGUCCACUCGCCGCCGUCGAGCCGGCGCCCCAGCGCCUCAAGAGUCAAGGACGGUAACCACUCCUCCGCGCGCUUCACCUUGCCAGCUCCGGUCUCCACUCUCCUGGAAGGGGUGGGCGCUGGGCACACUCAGCAGUCACCAGUGCUCCUGAUCUGGAUUUGUGUGACGGCCGGACUGCUCGGCGAAUCGGGGACCAAUCGGUUGUGGAGGUUAUUGGAGGGCCCUGUCCAAGAAUCAUGUGUCGCCUGUGUAGGCAACUAGGCAUCGGUGCAGCUUGGCCCCCAAUUUGGAUGUCACUAGGGAGGAUGUGUUGCUGUGUGCCUUUAGCCCUUCACAUCAACCAAGGAAUCAUGAUAUCUAAAAAGAGAAACACAGCAGGUGGACUAUGCAUCUGUCACGUCUUCAGGGUACUAUACAAAAAGAUAACUACUAUUAUCUGAUCAUGCAAUUGCUACUGAGAUAUCUCAUCGCCUGUGUGUUGUAUGUUGAGGCUUUCUGGUUGUUUCACUCCACGUCAGAUUCUCUUAUCAAGAUGUGAUGCUGAUUGAAGGCGUGAAGGGCACUUGCCGGACCAAUCAUUGAGUGAAUCUAUUUUACCCCCUUCUGCCACGUGGUCCAGUGAUUUCAGAGAGUUAUGGUUUGUAACUGCUGAAAGGAACUAUUGAAAUCAUUUUCUUUGUCGAACUUUUUCUGUCUGUGCAAAAAGUUGGCAUCUCGUAGUACUAUUCUAAUUCUCCACCAUUGUCUUUGAUUUUACCGCUACAUUAUGCUUGAACUUUGAGGGGCAAAAACUCAAGUCUCCUUGUGUCUGUCAGACAACACAUUCAUCCCUGCAACGUGUCACCCUGCAAAUGCUAGCAUAUGUCAUAAUUUGAAUUUAACAUAGUAAACACUUUAAAUGUAAAAAGACAGCAUCAUAUGAAACAUGGUAAUGGAUGAAUCUUUUUUUGUGAUAAUUAUUUGCUUUUUUCACAUUUGUAGCAGACACUUGACUAGAUGCAUGACUUUUUGUGAAAGUUGCCCCACUAAUCACUGAAAGAAAAUGCUUUUUUUGCAGUUUUGUUUUUGCUUCACAUCCCACAAUGGCCAUUUAAUUCUGCUUUCCUGAUUUGAAUUUGAAGGAUCCAUUUCUUGAAGGGAAACUGUGUUAUAGGUUCAGCUUUAUCCAUUUUUCCUCCUUGCAACGUGAGACUUAACUAACUUGGAACUUUCCAAUUUAGAUACUUCAUUGGGUUAUCCCACACUCAACUAAUUACUUUUGAAUGGAGUUAGUCUUCUCAAAUCGAGGAAUAGAAACCUCUAUCGGUAGCUACCCUGGCCCUCCUCUAUUCCUUUGCAUUUUCUUCCAUGAAAAACAGCUCAUAGACAGCAGAGUUUGGCAUGGGCUCAAAGCUAGAGUUGAUGACAAAUAAAGUAAUAUACCUGAGCUGUUAAUGUAUUAUAAGUACAUAUACUGACCAAGCACCGGGUUAGAGCAUUGAACUUUGGGAGUCAUUGUAACUCCUGCCCGGACCCGGAUUCGGAGCACGGCACCUUCUUAGAACAAAGCCUGGGGAAGUCGGGGACCGCGGCUGAGUGUUUUUUUUUGUAAGUACCUAUACCGUCAAUAACAAAAUGAUAGCAAUUUAUCAUCACAAGUAAUCAUAAACAUUGGUCAGGAGAAUUUUCUAUGGGCAUUGUGCCAAGUAAAAUAAAUUGUCGAUCUUCUUGGACUGGCGGUAGUAAUGGAUCUACAUAGUUCAAAUAAGAGCUGUUAUGGUUUCUGCAGGCUAAAUGCGCACAACAUGCACCUCAAAUGAGCAUCAGAAAUGUAGCUGUUUAAGUCAUUGUCCAAAGUGUGGAUAGGUAUUGCACACCUUGGCGAUGAAAUCCCUAGUGUACGUGGCAUGCUAAUAUUUGCUAUUCAUACUUAGAAAUAUCUUCACUUUCACCUAUGCAGCUAUGCUGGGUGAUAGUAACAACCUCCUCGGCUAUAUAAAUGAACCCCAUGUCCAACAUUUUACAAGCAAAGUGAUCGACCAGUUGCACAUGCAUUUUGUGCCUACUCUACCUUGAAGGCAUUCAUUUGCCUCUGUUCCCAUCAUUCAACACUUGUAAAUGGAGUGUUAUAAUUUGCAGCGCCAGGCAGCAUGCUUGAAAAAGAACCUCUUUGAUCAGGGGUACUUGGAUGAGCAAUUUUGUCAGAUUGAAGACUUGCAGGAUGAAGCAAGUCCUAAUUUUGCAGAAGAAGUUGUUUCCUUAUUCUUCAAGGACUCAGCCAGACUAAUGACAAAUAUUGAGCAAGCUAUGGAGAAGAACCCCAGAGAUUUCAAUAGAUGGGAUUCACACAUGCAGCAAUUGAAAGGAAGCUGUUCUAGCAUUGGUGCUUCUAGGAUGAAGAAUGAGUGCACAUCAUUCAGGAAUAGCUGUGGAGACGAGAAUGCUGAAGGCUGCAUGAGGUCUUUCCAAAAGUUGAAGAGGGAGCAUGGUGUCCUCAGGCAGAAGCUGGAAUCCUACUUCCAGCUGCUCCGACAAGCCGGCCCUGCUGAGACUGCAAUCAGGCGUGGGGGGCGAUGACUAGCUUGGCCCUCAAAGUCUCCAGGUAGUCCCUUAAGCUGGUAUUGCUGACUAGCUUGGCCCUUACGGUGAUGUAGCCUGACAGACUUGGUGUGCCAGGUCUGCCUCUAUCUCUGUAUAUGAUUUAUAUGGUCAAAUAAACUCGAUGGAGUUUGCAUCA